AUGGUUUCCUCCUCUUUAACCUUCCAUCGCUUCCUUUUGUCUUUUCUCCUUUUCUUCCCUCUGUUCGGUGCUCGGACCAACGGCGACAACGACGGCGACAACUCAAUAUCUGGAACCGGCCGGGCGCAGUUAGAGGGGUGGAAGCAGGACUGGAAGGUAUCAGCAACUGUGACGGAACGUGGAUGGACGGUAUGGAUGGAUGUCGAACGGGGUUCUCGAAGCCUUUCGAGGUAUGAUGCCGGGCCAGGGCUCGUUUUCAAGCUGUCGCAAAUCCUAUCCCGGUUCCUGGCCCUGAUGUAUGAGGCGGGGAUUCUCGCUUUAAUGGGUUGGUGGUACCAUGGAUGGAAAGGGGAUCCAAACGCGAGGGUGGACUUGAUCUUCCCGUGCUUCUUUCCACUGGGCGUGGCCGUUCUUGUAAACGCAUACGAGAUGGUCUCUUUUUCGUGCUUGGACCGGCGACGACCGAUCAAUGUCAUUGCCGUGUGCUUCGACGUCUUGAUUUGCGCUGGUAGCACCUUUUGCUUUCUCCUUCUAGGGCUUAUCGACAACGAUCCAGUUCAGGACAGACUUAGAACAGAUUCCACGCGGGAACGAUGGAGGAGGGAUCAGAGUAAAGCAAUGAUCUUCAUGAUUGUGUUUUGCUUUCUUCAUGCAUUGUUUAUAAUUAUGGCUUCGGCUGCAUGUGUCUACUCGGGGAUAUUGAAGAACAGGGCCAGAAGGCGAAGGCGGAUAGCACGAAACCGAGCGCAGAUGGCCCGGUUUGCAGACGAACGACGGAGGCAAAUGGACGUAGAUAAAGCCCAAGUCGGGGCUCCGGUUGAGGAUGUCGGACAGAGUGAGGAACGGAGCGCCGAACGAAACUCAAGGGGAACGGAGUCAACACAGUCAACGGAGCUGGAAGGCAACGAACGAAGGACGAGGGAACGGCUCAGUAGAGCCACUGAGGCUAGCAUGUCCUAGCCGAGGCGGUUACGGUACAUGUACUCACUCAGG